AUGUCUCACCUCUUUCCUGUCUGUGGGACAUGUCUCACCUCUGUCCUGUCUGUGGGACAUGUCUCACCUCUGUCCUGUCUGUGGGACAUGUCUCACCUCUGUCCUGUCUGUGGGACAUGUCUCACCUCUGACCUGUCUCUGGGACAUGUCUCACCUCUGACCUGUCUCUGGGACAUGUCUCACCACUGUCCUGUCUGUGGGACAUGUCUCACCUCUGUCCUGUCUGUGGACAUGUCUCACCUCUGUCCUGUCUGUGGACAUGUCUCACCUCUGUCCUGUCUGUGGACAUGUCUCACCUCUGUCCUGUCUGUGGACAUGUCUCACCUCUGUCCUGUCUGUGGACAUGUCUCACCUCUGUCCUGUAUGUGGGACGUGUCUCACCUCUUUCCUGUCUUACGUCUGACCUGUCUCUGGGACAUGUCUUACCUCUGA